AUGGAAGCAUUUCGUUCAAUCGGUGUCAUACCUGAAGGACUUAUUAUAACAACAAGUUUUUGGCCUUAUCCAGCAUUUAUUGUUAAUGAUAUUAAUAUUGCAAAAGCAACUUAUAUCAAAGGAAAAUUUUUUUACAUUCUUGACGAGAAUGUAUUGAAAUUACGAUGUGAAGCAAAAGAGACAACGACAUGUCUUAAUAAAGGUAAUUUUAAAUCAUUUCAUGAAGUUGCAACACUUACAAUUGAUAUCCUAAAUGUGCUGACACGAACACAACGACAAGAACUUGCUUUUGCAAUUCAACGAUCAUUGGAAAAUCGAUAUGUCAUAUUUACAACAUCAAUUCAAUUAUUGGAUGAUGAUCAAUAUCGAUUAAUUUUAGAUCCAUAA